UAACGUGAAAUACAUGAAACCCUGAAUAAAAAAUGAAAAUAGAUCCCUCUUUCUACUCUGUCUUGCCGCCCAUUUACCAAUCUUCAACCCAUUCUUAAUCUAUACAACAAAGCAUCUAUUAAAAAAAACACCCAAACAAAACAAAACAAAAAUUCCUCAAUAACCACUUCAAAAUCCCUCUCUCCAAAAUCAUUCUUUCAUGACACUCUAACAAAAUUAAAUUUAUCAUCAUAUGAUCAUGGAAGACCAGAAACACGACAUGUUGUUAGGAGGCAAAUAUGAAAAAGGAAGACUUAUAGGGAAAGGUACAUUUGCUAAAGUUUACUAUGGUCGUGAAAUAUCAACAGGUGAAAGUGUUGCAAUAAAAGUCAUAAACAAAGAUCAAGUUAAAGAUCAAGGCAUGGUUGAACAAAUCCAACGUGAGAUCUCAGCUACACGCCUUGUUCGACAUCCAAAUAUAGUCGAAUUACAUGAAGUCUUGGCUACUAAAUCCAAAAUUUAUUAUGUUAUGGAAUAUGUAUCAGGUGGUGAGCUAUUUGCUAAGGUAUCAAAUGGUGGAAGGUUAAAAGAAGAUGUUGCACGAAAAUAUUUCGUGCAACUGAUAAGUGCAGUUGACUUUUGUCAUAGUCGUGGUGUAUCACACCGCGACAUUAAGCCAGAAAACUUGUUGCUUAAUGGAAAUGAUGAUUUAAAAAUUACUGAUUUUGGUUUUUCGGCUUUGAAUGAGCAAAAAAAGAUAGAUGGUUUGUUACACACGCAAUGUGGGACACCGGCUUAUGUGGCACCUGAGGUGCUUAGAAAAAAAGGCUAUGACGGGGCAAAAGCCGAUAUUUGGUCAUGUGGUGUUGUGUUGUAUGUCUUGUUGGCUGGUUUUUUGCCUUUUCAUGAUGAGAAUUUGAUGUGUCUUUAUAGAAAGAUUUUUAAAGCAGAGUAUGAGUUUCCGCCCUGGUUUAGUCCAGAGACGCGGAAACUCAUCUCCAAAUUAUUGAUGGCGGAUCCUGAAAGACGGAUCUCCAUCCAAGGGAUUAUGCGUGUGCCGUGGUACAGAAAAGGCUUAUCACGGCCACGUUCUUUUAGAUUGAAUAAACAAUUAAUAACAGUUUCUGGUUCGUCCCCGGAUUUGCUGUCAAAUCCGGGGACACUAAAAAAAUCUACAUCAUCUCCAUCGUUUUUCAAUGCGUUUGAGUUGAUUUCGUCUAUGUCUUCUGGGUUUGACUUGUCAACUUUGUUUGAGACUAAAGAGAAGAAGAAAGUGGCUUCAAUAUUUACUUCAAAGUUUUCGGCUGCAGCCAUUGUUGAAAGGCUAGAAAAACUAGCGCGUGAAAUGAGGUUUCAGGUUGAAAAAGAGGAUGAUUUUAAAGUGAAGAUGGAAGGAACGGAAGAAGGACGAAAAGGGGUGUUGGCAGUGACCGCGGAGGUGUUUGAGGUGGCUGCGGAGAUGACGGUGGUCGAGUUUAGUAAAGAUUCCGGUGAUACAUUGGAGUAUGAAAAGUUUUGUGAAGAAGAAGUUAGGCCAGGGUUGAAGGAUAUUGUUUGGACCUGGCAAGGAGAUGAUUGUAAUUCCAGUGUGGAUGGUGAUGGUAGUGUUUGUUCUAAUUAAUUGUUUUUGCCAAAUACUCGUGUUAGUUUAUUCUAUAUAUGUUUUGAUCUUGCAUUCUUGCUAAUUGGUGAUUUGCAAUAUAUGUUCAAAAAAGAUUUGGAUGUCA